UUCUUGCUGGCCAGUAAACAGUACUGAGCAUUAAAACUCAAAACCCAUUUAUGAAUUCUCAGCAAAAAGAGGCGUCCAUGGGGAUCAGUGAUUCAAACUGGUCUGAAAUUGAGAAGGGAGCAAGGUUUGUCCCAAACUGGUCCAAACACCUCCAAUCCGUGCCCGAAGAUUUUGUGCUUCCACCGGGUCAAAGACCCGGCAAGCUCACUGUUCUUCCAGGCGACAGCCCAGUAAUUGACCUUAAUCAAGCUGCUAAUCAUGAUCCUUCUCUAACAGCUCACCAGAUUCUAGAAGCAAGCCUGGAGUUUGGAUUCUUCCAGGUGACCAACCAUGGGAUUUCGAAGAGAUUAACGGAUGAAGCAAUUGGUGUGGCCGAGGAGUUCUUCGAGAUGCCGGCCGAGGUCAAGGCCAGCGUGUUCACGCCAGACGCCGGUAAAAGUUGCAGGCUUUAUACCAGCAGCUUUGUUUACGACACUGAAAGGUUCCAUUUCUGGCGAGACAACUUGACUCAUCCCUGCCAUGCUUCCCAGGAUUGCUUCCAUCUUUGGCCCCUCAAGCCUGCUAGAUACAGGGAAGUGAUUGGAGAGUAUACAGUAGAAGUGAACAAACUGCUGCUGAGGAUUUUGGACUUGAUCCAGCAAGGACUGGGCCUGGAAUGUGGGUUCUUCCGAGAGGAGAUGAGAGGAAGCCAGUUACUUGGAGUCAACCACUACCCUCCAUGCCCGGACCCAAGUUUGGCCCUGGGAACUCCGAGACACCCAGACCCGAAUCUCAUAUCCAUUGUCAACGAGGGGGGCAAGCCAGGGAUCCAGUUCUUGAGAGAUGGGCAAUGGUUCAGCAUUGAGCCCAUUCCUAAUUCUUUUACAGUCUUCAUAGGCUGCCAGUUACAGGUUAUCAGUAAUGACAAACUGAGGAGCGCGGAACAUCGAGUGGUGACGAGCUCAGAAAGGGAUCGAACGACGCUUUGCAACUUCUUGAUACCCUCUGAAGAAUGCUUCAUAGAGCCCGCAAAGGCUUUGGUGAGUGCUUCCAAUCCGCCCGUCUAUAGAGGACUCAAAUACAAGGAGUUCCUGAAUAUCUACGCGGAGAAGCUGGCUGAAGAUCAGGCUGUCAUGGACAUCUGUAAGCUGCAAGCUUCAAGUAAUAUUGAUCAACUCGAUCGAUCUCCAGACCCAUCGAUAUUGCUACCAUCAUCCUAAGCUGUGAUGGACUGCUCUGCUUAAUGUUUAAUGUGUGUGUGUGCUUGUGUUUGUGUGGAGUGCUAUGUACUGGACUGAUUGUUGAAGUCCUAGUUCCAACGUCGAUGAAAUCUUGAAGCUGUGAUGAUUUGGUUUGAUGUGCAGGCUGCAAUGGGGUUGUCUUGUUACAAUUUUCUGGGAGAAAUUUCAUGUUACCUUGCCUUUAUAAAAUAAUCAUUCGAUUUAUAAUAUGAAAAGUGUAUUAUAUAUAUACAA